AUGACACCGACCAUCCCGCCCUCAUGGAUCGGGCAAAAUGGCAAACCCGUCAAGCCCAGCGAGCUCAACGCAGCCAUUGACUUCCACUGUCCAUUCUUCAGCAAGGACGAGCUGAGAAGAUAUAAUUCACACGCCGAUUUUUACACCUCCAGGAAUCGCUACGAGAAUUAUACAUCCGGUGACGACACCAUUGCGUCGCGGGGCAUAGGCAGGCUCCUGGACGAAUAUCGCCAUAUUGCUCGAGUUCGUACGGUCGAGGCUGUAGGUGUUUCCUUCACGACAAAGCGGAUCAGUAGUACUACUUGGGUCAUACAAGAGGAUGAUAUGUAUAAGGAGCAUCCGUUGAUCUAUGUCAAAUUGUUGCCACAGGUGCCCGUGAUCCUUCUGUGCGAUACGGGGACUGAUGCCCCGACGAAGGAGAAUAGGUCUAUCGUCGGCACUUCUACCCAUCUUCGCCACUACCUCGAGAAAGUCCCAAUCGAAUCUAACAGCAAUCAACCUUUGAAUCCGAACGGCAAGCUCACGUACUUCAUCAUACAAACGCACUGCCACUACGAUCAUAUUGGCGGUAUACCGCAGUUCUUGCGAGGUGGCACGACACAAAUUCUGGCAUCAGCCGCCGGUCGUGAUUUCAUCGAGAAGGACUUCUCUCGUCACUCUUUGUGGCCUGGCGACAAUGGAGAGUUGCCGCGCUAUUGUGUCACGAAAUGGGCUCAAACAUUCGAGCGUUUAUCGUGGCCAUUGAGUGAGAAGUAUGAAUAUGAUGAUGAUGGACACCCCGUGACACAGCAACCGCCGACGAGCUUGGGUAUCACGGUCUUGCACACGCCCGGUCAUACCCCGGACGAAUUGGCUUGGUAUGAUCAUGCUGAGAUGUUUCUUUAUGUCGGCGAUAGUUUCUAUCGUGAAGGCGAGGAGGACAUGCCUAUCAUCUUCCCACCUCAAGGCAAUCUAAUCGAGUGGGUCUUCAGCAUGCAGAAACUUGCCGUCUUCGUUCGGGGCGAGAACGCUCGAGCAGCGGCUGAAGCCCGGCUGGUCUCGGUCGACGCUGAGGACGACUGGGAGCACGUCGCACCCAGGGUGAAAGUCAGCUGUGCGCAUACUACUACAGCCGUCGAUGGAGCGGAGAUUUUGGCCGAGCUCGAGGCUUUCUCUUUCAAGGUCUUCGUGGGGAAAGUGCCUGUGGUGGAACGUGAUAAGCAGUUUGGUGAGGAGAUUGACCUGUGGAAGGAGGAAGGGGAGAAGAGGACGCCGAUGAGUCUGCUUGCGCCGAGGAGGCUGAUGCAGGAUGCGAGAAAGUUCUUUGGGCAUGAUGUGAAGGAUGAGCGGAGAGGUGAUGACGGAUGCAGAUUCUGGGGUUGGUAG